AUGCGUCCCGCGUCGCGCGAUGCAGUUUCGCAACGGAUCUGGCCGUCGUGGAUCCGCUUUGCCGUCGUCAGCAUCGUGCUGAUGUGGCAGUUGGGAGAGAGUGGCGUGGCAGCGGACGUGAUUGGAUGCGGAGGUUUUGUCCAGGCCAGCAGGCAGCUCGCAUCGCUGCGUGCAGACUCCGAUGCCUCGCUCGACUACUCACGCCUUGUGGUGGAGCUGCGCACGCAGGAGGGCAUGGUGAAGGAGCAAGCGCACUGUGCGCCCAACGGCUAUUAUUUCCUGCCGGUCUAUACCCAGGUAACGUUUGAGCUGGCCUUGCGGGGCCCCCCGGGAUGGUCGUGUGAGCUGGAGAGUGUAUACGGAACGUUCGAGCUGGCAGUGAGAGGUCCCCCUGGGUGGUCGUUCGAACCGGAAAGCGUGUCGGUGACGGUUGAUGGGGAGGCGUGCAAUGGCAACAGGGAUGUCAACUUCCACCACAAGGGCUUCGGAUUGGCUGGAAAGGUGCUCGGUCCCGAGAGCCCCUCCUGUGCCGCCCAGGCCAAGGGCCCUGCGGGCGUGACUGUGACUGUAACGAGGGCUGGCAGUGAGGGGGGAGAGAGCAAGGGGGCGGCAGAGGUGGUGGCGACUGCAGUGACAGAUGGAACCGGGGGUUUCCGCUUCUCCGACCUGCUUGUUGGCACCUACACCCUCUCCGCCUCUCACCCCACGUGGCCCAUCAAGCUGCUCGGCAAUCCCAAGGUGGACCUGGGCUGGGGCAGCAUGGAGCUUCUGGAUCUCUUCCAAGUGGCGGGAUACAGCCUGUCAGGCUCGGUUGAGGCACAGUCCCGCGAGUGGAGCAAAGCGCGCGCGCGGACCAAGGCGUGCGCCCAAAUCAAGGCGCACCCGCGGACCAAGGCGCGCCCGCGGACCAAGGCGCGCGCCCAAACCAAGGCGCGCGCCCGGACCAAGGCGCGCGCAGGGACCAAGGCGCACGGACCAGACCAAGGCGCGCGCCCGGACCAAGGCACGCGCAAGGACCAAGGCGCGCGCACGGACCAAGGCGCGCGCGCCCGGACAAAGGCGCGCGCGCCCGGACCAAGGCGCGCGCGCGGACAAAGGCGCGCGCAGACCAAGGCGCGCGCGCGGACCAAGGCGGCACGCAAACCAAGGCGCGCGCGCUGA